AUGUAUGCGUAUGCUUCUACAGCUGUAAUUGGCCUUACGCUCUGUAUUUCAGUGCUGGGGGCUCUGAACAUUAUGCGAUCCAUCUAUUUCCACUCUAGCAGGACUUGGCUGCUCUGCAGAACUCUCUCCAUCUGCAUAAUAAGAAACAUCAUUCUAUGGGGCCUGCUGGAUCACUUGAAUGCUUCCAUUGGAAAGAUAAAGUAUACGAGCGGCAGAGAGCUGGAUGGCAACGAAAAAGACUUGUUUCUUUUGGGUGUGUACCUGAUAAUUAACAGAAUAUUCGUGAUAUCCAGAGACCAGAAUGCCCAGUGGAAGCUGUACUUUAUAUCUACCAUCAGACACAUAAUAGUCUGCAUGAGCCUGCACACUAUGAUCUCUGUCCUGGAUGGAGACAACAUUUUAUACAGCACACCGCACCAGCUAAUUCUUGUGAUCAUUGGGGUCAUUCUUUCAGCCAAUUCUCUCGCUGGCCUUCGAGACUUUGAGUUUUCCUACCAAGUGAGAAAUCCCCUGGAGGACGGAUUGCUUAAGACAAAGCUGUACGAAACACUCAACAGAAUAUACCCGAGACAGUACCAGAUAGUGUGGAUGGACAUACCAAUGACCAAAAAAACACCUGUGUACGUAAUGGAGACAGGCAUCACUGUUCUUCUGAUUAUGGACAGGUCUUUCAUAGAUACCCACAGUAUACUGGAGAUAGAGUAUGUUUCCAUCCACCACAUACUAGAACACUAUUCGGGAUACAAUGAAAUACUGGCCUUUUUUGACACAGGGUCAGUUAUUCUCCUGUUUCUAGCCUACUUUAUGAUAAUAUUCGGCUAUGCCUCGGGGCUGCCCAUCUACAUACGCUACAUAAUAUGCUACGAGAUACACGAGAUAGCCACGCAGAUAAAAACAGUGGCACUCUCGUAUCUAUGCGGGUAUGUAGAGAGAGCCAUCACUAAAGAAACAGAAAAACACCUGAAAUCUUCUUCACCCAUCAGUGGCAAUGCUUUGCACGGACUGAUGAAUACAUGCCGGGCAUUUUCCAUUAACAGAAAUACAAGCACAUACUACGACUAUGUAUUCUGUGACUACUAUUCGAACGAAAGAGCAAGAGACCUGAAUAUUAAGCCAGCCCAUCAAGAGAGGUAG